CGCGAAGGAAGUGGUGUCAGGAGGGAAGGAGGGCGGCGGCGUUGCCAAGGAAGUGAGCAACGGCGGUUAGGCCGGCCUCCCUCCCUCCCUUCACGGCUCCGCUUCCCGAGGAGGAGCAGAGGCGGCCGGGACAGAGGGCUCCAUGGUGACGGCGCAGAUUUGGAAGAAACCUUGGCCUUCCUGGUUCCGCUGUAGGUUGGGCUUGCCCUAGUGCCCAGCUGCAGUCAUGUCAAAGCUAAAGUGCUCGGAGUCGGUCCGGGUGGUGGUGCGAUGCCGGCCAAUGAACAGCAAGGAGAAAGCCGCUUCCUAUGAGCAGAUGGUGGAGGUGAAUGUCAAAUUGGGGCAGGUAUCGGUGAAGAACCCCAGGGGAACAUCCCAUGAGCUGCCAAAGAUGUUCACCUUUGAUGCAGUCUAUGACUGGAAUUCCAAGCAGUUUGAACUCUAUGACGAAACCUUUCGGCCGCUGGUGGACUCGGUGCUACAGGGCUUCAAUGGCACCAUUUUUGCCUAUGGGCAAACUGGAACGGGGAAAACCUACACGAUGGAAGGAGUGCGAGGCGACACUGAGAAGCGGGGAGUCAUCCCCAAUUCCUUCGACCACAUCUUCACGCACAUCUCUCGGUCUCAGAACCAGCAGUAUUUGGUAAGAGCUUCCUAUUUGGAGAUCUACCAAGAAGAAAUCAGGGACUUGCUGUCAAAAGAUCAGUCCAAGAGGCUGGAGCUGAAGGAGAGGCCAGACACGGGAGUGUAUGUCAAAGAUUUGUCGUCUUUCGUCACAAAGAGCGUGAAGGAAAUAGAGCACGUUAUGAAUGUGGGGAACCAGAACCGUUCGGUAGGGGCCACCAACAUGAACGAGCACAGCUCCCGCUCCCACGCCAUUUUCGUCAUCACUAUUGAAUGUAGUGAGGUUGGGCUUGAUGGGGAGAACCACAUACGUGUCGGGAAGCUUAACCUGGUGGACCUUGCGGGCAGCGAGCGCCAGUCUAAAACCGGGGCCCAAGGUGAGCGGUUGAAAGAAGCAACCAAGAUCAACCUCUCCCUCUCUGCUCUGGGCAACGUCAUCUCCGCUCUCGUAGAUGGCAAAAGCACUCACAUUCCCUAUCGGGACUCAAAGCUGACCCGGCUCCUACAGGACUCCUUGGGUGGCAACGCCAAGACGGUGAUGGUGGCUAACAUUGGCCCCGCCUCGUAUAAUGUGGACGAGACCCUCACCACCUUACGGUACGCCAACCGUGCCAAAAACAUCAAGAACAAACCAAGAGUGAAUGAAGACCCCAAGGAUGCGCUGCUGCGGGAGUUCCAGGAGGAAAUUGCGCGGCUCAAGGCUCAACUGGAGAGGCGGUCUGUCGGCAAGAGGAAGAAAAAAGACCGGAGGAGGGACGGAGGAGUCGGUGGGGAGGAGGAGGAUGACGAGGAGGAGGAGGGAGAAGAUGGGGAGGAAGAGGAGGCCGACAAAGACGAUUAUUGGAGAAAGCAGCAGGAGAAGCUGGAGGUGGAGAAGAAGGCCAUCCUCGAGGACCACAGCCUUGUCGCCGAGGAGAAGAUGAGGCUGCUGAAGGAGAAAGAGAAGAAGAUGGAAGACCUGAGACAUGAGAAAGAAGCUGCUGAGAAACUGGGGGCCAAAAUCAAGGCGAUGGAAAGCAAACUUCUCGUUGGAGGGAAAAAUAUUGUCGAUCAUACCAAUGAGCAGCAGAAGAUCUUGGAGCAGAAGCGGCAAGAGAUUGCUGAGCAGAAACGACGGGAACGAGAAAUUCAACAGCAGAUGGAAAGCCGAGAUGAAGAGACGCUGGAACUAAAAGAGACCUACAGCUCCCUGCAGCAGGAGGUGGACAUUAAAACUAAAAAGCUGAAAAAGCUAUUUUCUAAGCUGCAGGCCGUGAAGGCGGAAAUCCACGACCUUCAAGAAGAGCACAUCAAAGAACGGCAAGAAUUGGAGCAGACCCAGAAUGAGCUCACGCGGGAACUGAAGCUAAAACACCUGAUCAUUGAAAAUUUUAUUCCCUUGGAAGAGAAAAACAAGACCAUGAACAGAUCUUUCUUUGAUGAGGAAGAAGACCAAUGGAAACUACACCCAAUCACACGUUUGGAGAAUCAGCAGAUGAUGAAGAGGCCGGUGUCUGCAGUAGGAUACAAGAGACCCUUGAGUCAACAUGCUCGGAUGUCCAUGAUGGUCCGCCCAGAGGCCCGGUACAGGGCAGAAAACAUUGUCCUGUUGGAAAUGGACAUGCCAAGCCGGACCACCCGAGACUACGAAGGGCCAGCCAUCGCUCCCAAAGUUCAGGCAGCCCUCGAAGCUGCGCUGCAGGAUGAAGAUGAGAUUCAAGUGGAUGCUUCCUCUUUUGAGAGCACAUCAAACAAGAAGUCAAAAUCCAGGCCGAAAACUGGAAGAAAAUCUGGGGGCGCUUCCUCGAGCACCUCGGGCUCCCAGUUCUACCCGCAGUCCCGUGGGCUGGUCCCCAAGUAACACCAGCAUUUUCUUCUUGAGGCCUGGCUAAACCUUUUGCCUUUUGAAACCUGAGGCAAGUUAAGAACAUUCAGAGCAGGACUCGGUGGCCAAACCUGCCAAAAGGAUUCCUUUGGAGCAGAAGCAGGGCCCUCUUUGCUCUGGAACUGAACUGAUUGGAGCCAUGCGGGGCAAGUUCAGCACAGACUUCUCUGCCCUGCAUGACAGGAUUUUUUCCCCCCUUGGCAACCUCUUCGAGGAAAAGAGACUGUAGUUAGGAAAUCAGAAAUGCAUGAGGUACUUUAGUAUAUGUUAGAAGCAGCAAGAACCAUGGCAGGGCAGGCAUUCCCCUCACCACAUUUGCUGCCAUUUCUUGCAGCACUCUUGCUUGCUCUCUGAGACUGGAGUUAAAGAACGGAUGCUAUGGGACUUCUUGAUACUAAAAAACAAAAUCUAUAUAGAGUGGUUGAUAAAUGACAAGAGGAUUUACCCAGUCAUGGCUGAUCAUAACCGCUUAUCCCCCACUUUACAUCAAAAGACUGGUACUAUUGUCCCCGAUGUUUUCGAGGGUUGGGGUGUGGGUGCCUAGGAAAUGGGAAAGAAAUGAGUUUGAAAUGCAUCACACCCCUAGUUAGACGUAUGUUUCCUUUAGAAAUGCAGACCAAAGGAGGGCUUGGAAACACUGCUCUGUUUCCCUCCUCUAGAAUAGAAGCAAUAGAAACUUAAUGGAUUCUUUAUCUGUUUACAAGGAAUGGUAAGAGUUGUGGCAGAUGGGACUCAGAGCGACCUCAGCCGGGACCAAGAAGGGGCCACUGGACCAACAGUAAGCCUGUCUUCCAGUCGCCAGCUCCAUGUUCACGUUCUUCCUCUGCUCGCCUCCCUACUUCUAAUGUGACUGACCCACCUGGCGCUUCUACUUCAGAAUAUAUUCUUGAAGAUAUGGCUUCAUUGCCUAUUAAUGUCAGUGACUCUGAGUUUUGUUUUCCCUUGGGGAGAAAAAAGAUCGACAUGAAAGAGUUAUAACAUUCUAGCCAUAGAAUGUUAUUUUGGAAACACAGAGUGGUUUGAGACCAGAGUUGCCUCUUCUUCUCAUCCCGUCCUAAGCGUGAAGAUCUUUUGAGCCAUUAAUUCCCCUUGGUAGGAAAGAGAGGGGGUUUGGAUUUGAGCAGAGCCUGAAGGGGAAAGGAUUGGGCCAGUUCUUGUUUGUAGCAGGGUCCUGCUUUAGAAACACUCCAAGCCUUCCCCGUUUCAGAGCUGCUCUCUUGAGUAAAGCAGGCUGCUCAGCACUGUAAGGAAGGUGAGAUGCUGCUAAGCUGAGCAGAGCCAAAAGGCUGAAGGAAAUGUUCCCUGUGUACCAUUUUGCAGUUCUGUUGUAAGUUUCAAAUGGUUGUAUAUUGAGAAUUGAGUUGUUAAUAUUUUUUGCGGGGAGCGGGUUGAUGUUGACUGUUGUACUGUGAAUACAAUUUCCCCCCACUGGCUUCCUCUCUGAAUGUUUUAACAACUCUCCUCUUCCCACGCCUUGCCGAGUAAGUGUGUAUGAGUAAAUGAGAGCGUAUCUGAUUUUGAAAACACUAUUUCGUGCACUUGGCCUCUGCUGUGUGUCCUUGUUACAUAUUCUCUGGGCAGCUUUCUCCAGAGUGAACAGAGUCCAUGGUUUGCAACACUCCCUUGACUUAAGGACAACCCAAAAGGCAUCUUGCUGGCAGGGUGCCUCGGGAAGCCAGGAGCCGCUCAGACAGGCCCUGUUGCUUUGAACUCUGGAACAGGACUGGUUGCUGCCUUUAAAAAUACCAAUUUGUGUGGCAUGGAAGGAGCAGGUAUGCCUCCAAACAAGGAAAGACUCAUUGGUCAUUGCUGUUUCGUUGCCUAGAUGAACCCGGCAUUAUUUUCCUUCUUCUCUUUUGGAGAAAUUGCAUUUUUCAUUGGUUCUCACAGUAUAAAAUACCUUGCUAUUCCUAUCCACCUCAGUCCUGUUUAAUUCCCUCUGGUGUUUAAUCCCCUUUCCUUUGUUAGCAAAGAGAAAAAAGGAUUGUGUGUCUUAUGUAUUGAGGUAAUUGUUGGGAAUCCAAAGGCGUUAAGGUAGGCAAAGGUACAUCUGUGCAUCCGUGAAUUCUGUUAUCCCAUUGGGCUUCUGUGGUAAAAUACUUAAUCCUGACAAGUGGGUUGAUGGCUGCAUUUUAGUGUGAACAGAAAAGGCAGAUCGAUGGCUUGCUUGCUUCCGUAAACCUGGAGAAAUCUCUCAGUGGGGAGAUGGAAGAGAAGUGGGAGCAAAUAUAAUUCGAGGGCUUUGUGAAGGAGCAAACUAAGCUCACACACUUACAGACUUGCCUUGAUAAGUUGAUGCAUCAGGCUCGCCUACGCUCGAUGAGGACUGGAGUAUCAGAGAGGCCUUUUAAGGCUUAGGAAAGGAUAUGUACAGUGGGCCGUCCUGCAAGAGUUUACUCCCAAUCUGCUUGCCUUGACCUGUAUAAUUGGAUCUUCAUCCUCUUUCCCAAGCUCUGCUCAGUGAAAGAUGCUUUGGAGGCUCAGAGCCAGAUGUUGUAUGAUACUUAAUGCAGAGCAGUUGAAGCAUGAAACUGAGGAAUGCUGUGUUUAAAAUGUCACGGAAUACGUCCCUCUGUGACAGCUGUGAAGACAGAUAGAAAUAUGCAGAAAGAUAUUCUUAUCAAUCCCCUAACAAGGAUGUGGUCACUAAUAUUCAGAACAAUCACUGUUUAAAAACAUGUCUGUUCCCUGCCUAUAGUAAUUGACUAUGUUAGUUUAGGUUUCAAAAAGAAGCCCAACGUCUCAAAACGUUAUUUCAGUGGUAAACAAUCCUGCAGGCAAACUAGAGGAAAAGCUAACAGGAGAGCUGCAAUCCUGAGCUUGUAUGAUCCUGGCCAGUUUCUGUGGGUUUUCAGAAACCUUUGUGCUAUAACAGGCAUGGGCCAACUUUGGCCCUCCCUCCAGGUGUUUUGGACUUUAACAAUUGCUAACAGCCUACUGGUUGUUAGGAAUUGUGGGAGUUGAAGUCUAAAACACAUGGAGGGAAGGCUGAAGUUUCCCGAUGCCUGUGCCAUAACUUUGUGGCUCAUCUCUCAAGGCUGCUAAAUCUGCCCAGCCUGCAAUGAGGCUGCUUGGCUCUUUGAACACACCUGAACUUGCCUGCACUGUCUUUUGGUCUGUACAUACGUAAUAAAAACGUCCAUAGUUCUUUCUGUCCAUCGAAGUGGCAGCUUGUCUCUGUAAUCCCCUCUCUCUCUUGUCUAGGAAUGUAAAAGUGCUCCUGAAGAAGUGUUACAAAAAUCGAUUGGAUUUAUUAUAUGUAAAAUAAUAAUUAUUACGACAAUAAAGACUCUUCCCCCCUUUC